AAAGAACACAUGCCAUGACAUGGAUAUUUAUGUUUGAUUGUGGUACAGAUGAAAUUUAGUCGCUUUCUGUCAAGAACAGCUGAUGGUGACUUAUUGCGGCUCUUCCACCAGCCCUGGGUAGUAAGAACUUUCUCUACAAACAUCACGUCUGGUACAGAAAACAAUGACAGCAUAAGUAACAAUUCCUUUGAGUCCGCUGAUGAUUUUGAGCGACGGAUAUUUGGUGGCUUUUCAGAAAGUGGUCCAAAUACUGAUUCAUUUUAUCAAAAGCUUGAUAGACUUGAGAAAGCCCGUGGAAGAUCUGGUUCUAGGCUGAAUGCUGGCAAUGGUUCCCAACUAUUGGAUGGUCUGGAUGAGAGUUUCAAUACAUUGUCUGAUGGGAUGGAUGGAAAGCUGAAGAAAGCUGCAACCUAUUUUGAGUAUGAUCCUGAGGAGAUAAGUAAAGAGGACUAUUCAUUCAGACCAGAUGUGACCUUUCGAUCUGGGACGACAUAUACCACAAAGGAUCUAGAUCUUACAAAGCCAGGUGUACGUAAACCCUUUAAAAGACAUGAGUUUGAAGUAACAACUGCGGAAGUUCUCAGAAAAGCAGAUUUUCGGAAUGUGAGAUUUCUCGCCAACUUUCUUACUGAAGCAGGAAUUAUCAUCAAAAGGAGCAAGACCCGCAUUAGUGCCAAAGCCCAGAGGAAGGUAGCUAGAGAGAUCAAGACAGCAAGAGCUUUCGGCCUGAUGCCAUUCACUACGAUGGGCACAAAACCAUUUAUUUUUGGGAAAACAAUGGAAGAUCUUGAGGAGGACGAUGAAUAUGAUAAUUAUGAUGCCAGAGUACCUGCUUAUAGGGAGGCAAAUCGUUCCGCUGGAGCCUAAGAAGCUAAUGCAGGUUGAGGCCACCUCAUUGCAACUAUUUAUUUAGGCUCUGAGAAAACAAGUUGACAACUUUGGAAUAUAAGGUGAUUUUUUCCCUUGACGGUGUUAAUACAGCAAGAUCGAUUCGCAAAAAAUGUCUUUUUAAAAGUUUGAUCUUAUGAGAAAACUUACUGGACCUGCAGAUUGUUUUUCUUUUUUAGAAUGCUAAAUUUGCCACUGUAACUGCCAAUAAUUUUCAUUUGGCAGCAGCUUUGAGAG